GAUGUGGGGUUACGCAUGGGGCGUGAGAAAAUACAGUGUGGGAAAGAGUGGGCGUCACAACAUAGUAAAACAUUUGAUACUGAUGUAGUGAACCGAACACUCACGAGAUACGUUGAAAUGCGCCAGUAGCAAGCAAUAGGCAUCAAUUUGUAUUGUUGUGUGCGUGACGACUGAUGAAUAUGUUGGAACUUGGAGAGCAAAAUGGUUGCAAUGUGUGAGGAAGAGACCAACGAUUGACCGGUGAUCUCGUGGGAAACGACCUUUACUGUGUACAUUAAAUAAUCUAGUACGAUAAUAAAAAUAAAAAAUUAUAUACAUUUUCAUCAGCAAUGGGAGUUACUGGACUGUGGCGUUUGAUCGAGCCUGCCGGUAAACCGGUACCUGUAGAAACUUUGGAAAAUAAAGUUUUGGCUGUGGAUAUUUCAAUAUGGUUGCAUCAGAUGGUGAAAGGAUAUCAGGAUGCCAAGGGAGCUCCUGUACCAAACGCACAUCUGAUAGGAUUAUUUCAGCGUCUUUGCAAAUUAUUAUACUUUAGAAUAAAGCCAGUAUUUGUGUUUGAUGGUGGUUUCCCGGAUUUAAAAAAAGAUACUAUAGGAAAGAGACAAGCUAACAAAGCCAAAUACAACUCUGAAUCUGAAAGAAUUAAAAGGGAACUGGCUAUUAUAUUAGGAAAGAAAACUGCAAUUGGUUCAUUAUUAGGAAAUAAAAUUCCUACUAAAAAAACCAACCCUAUUGAAUCUAGUGAUGACAUAUUUAAACUACCGGCACUUCCAGAAAAGGAUCAAGAGUCUGAAUCUGAAUCAGAAGACGAAAAGAGUUCAAGCUCAUCAAGCAUUGAUUUGCACACUGUUGAUUUGGAAUCUGAGAAAUUUAAAAAUUUACCUGCGAAAGAAAAAUACGAUAUGUUGGUAGAAUUAAAAGAAACUAGGAAAAUGAACUCUUGGGGAAAACUACAUACUUUGCCAAAAAAGAGUGACAAUUUUUCAGACUUUCAGAUGCAAAGAUUACUAAAAAGAAGAAAAUUACAAGAAUGUCUUGAAGAAACUGAAAAAGAAAUAGGGGAAGGAAGUAUGUCACUUAAUGAGUUGGAAUCAUUACUAAAUGAAGAAGGUAUUGAUACAAAAAUAGAAAGUUUACCUAGUCGUAGAAUAGCUUCUAACAAUAACACUCGGUUUUUACUAAUUAGUAAUGUUAAGGAAGCUUUAGCUGAAGCGAAGAAGAAAGAAGAAAAUAAAAGUCUUGCUCCACCAUCAGAAUUUUCAAGUGAGAAGGUAAAUGAUAACACUAACGAAUCAACAGUAAAAAAUGACGAAUUGGAGGACGAUUUACAGAAAGCUAUUAAAAUGUCGUUAGAAUGUGUUGACGAUCAGGAUGCUUCUGCAAAUACUUCAAAAACUGAUGAAUCUUGGACUUCAAAUUUUACAGAGUCUGAUUAUUCAGACAGUGAAGAUGAAGAUGGCUUUAUUCAAUCGGAUCUGUCAUCUGCAAAAGCGUAUAUUAUGCAAUACACUGAUUUGACCGAUAAAGCGAUAGAUGAAAUAGUAACAUCAAAACAAAAAGGAAAAAAGAAACGUACAGGACUUAACGUCGAUAAGAUAAUUGAAGAACUAAAUAAUGAAAAGUCGAUAAUUGAAGAACGAAUAGAUUUAACUUCUAGUGAGGAUGAUAGUGAGAAACAUAUUGCUAUACCUAAGAAGAAUGUCACAGAAGAUUUGAAAACUGAUACACAAAUAAAAAAUGAUCAAAGUAAAGAUACAGAAGCAUCUGUAAUAUGUGUUGAAGAAGAUAAAUUUGAGGUUAUAACACUUGAUACAAGUACGGAAGACCUUUUAGAAGACAAAAGUAUAUUUAAUGUAAACAAUAAUAAGGCUUUAUCUGAACUAUCAGCAAUAAAACAAAAGUCGUACGAUAUUAAUAAAGCAUCUGAAAGAAAUCCAUGUGACACAAGUGAAAAAUCUGGAAUAGUUAAUCACGAAAAAGAAAUGAUCUCAGAAAAUCUUUCUGAAUCAAGUGAGGACGAAUUUGAGGAAGUAUCUGAUGAUGGAAAAUUUAAAGUUCCAGUAGUGCAACUUACUCUUAAUGUAAAUGAGAAGAUGGAGGAUGAUAUAUUUGCAGAUAUAUUCAAUAAAAACAGUGCUGGUAAAUCGGACCAAGAAAACGCGGUAGAUAACAAUAUGCCCUCAAAUGUUGAGAUUCCUAAGAUAAAUGAAGAUUCAGCGGCCAAAAAUGUUCUAGAAAAAAAUAUUAUUUUAAGCCCACUGGAAACUUCGAGAACUUCUGAUGAGAUUGAAGCAUUCAAAGAUGCACAAAUAGCUUUGGGUAAGAAAAUCGAAUCAUCAAACGAUUUUAAGAACAUCUCAAACUCAACAACACUAGAUUGUAAAGGUCGAAAGGAAAACUUGGUUUGCGAAACAUUUAAACCAGCAAAUCAAAAUAAAUCGGCAUCUGAAAGCAUUCCUGUAACAGUCCCAGACAGAAACUCUUUUGAGGCUUCUGCAGAUAAAUCAGCUAAGGAAUCAAAAGUAGCUUCUGUUAAAGAAGCAUCAAGUGGUAUUUUUCAGGAUGAAUUAAAUUCAAUUGCAAUAGAUAUUCAAGAACAGGAAGAUAACCUAGUUCAAGAAAAAUCAAGACUAGACAGAGUAGGGAGAAACAUAACGGAACAAAUCACAAAAGAAGCGCAAGAACUGCUUCAAAUUUUUGGCAUACCAUACAUUAUCGCGCCUAUGGAGGCAGAAGCACAGUGCGCUUUCCUUGAGAGUGUGAAGUUAACGGACGGCACAAUUACUGAUGAUAGUGAUAUUUGGUUGUUUGGAGGACAGACAGUAUACAAAAACUUUUUCAAUCAAAAGAAACAUGUGCUUCAAUAUCUCAGUGAAAGAAUAGAAAAGUCGUUUAAUUUAACGAGAGAGCAACUAAUACUGUUAGCUUUACUUGUCGGUAGUGACUACACAACAGGUAUUAGUGGCGUAGGACCAGUUACAGCUUUAGAAAUAUUAGCCUCUUUUCCGUUUAACAAAAAAAAGAUGUUAAAUGAACACACGAAACAAGCACAGUAUCAAGAAAUGAUAACAGGUCUUAUAGAUUUCAAGAAAUGGGUAAGAGCUGGCAGACGCACUGAUAACAUAAGUUUGAAGAAAAAACUGAAAAAUGUCAAAUUAACAGACGAUUUUCCUAGUGUACGGGUAGUUCAAGCUUAUUUGGAACCAAAUGUUGAAAAAAGUGAGGAGAAUUUUACAUGGGGCAAUAUAGAUGUUACAGUAUUGCGUGAUUACACAAAAGCGAAAUUUGGGUGGUCCCAAAAUAAACUAGAUGAGAUUAUUAAACCAGUAUUGAAAAGAAUUCAAGACCGUAAGAAUCAAAAGUUAGUUCAAGAUUAUUUUAAGAGGAAAACUGAUUUUCAAUCCUUGGAAGAUCAAAUGAGUAAACGAGUUAAAGCUGCGGUCCAAAGAAUCGCCCCGCACACUUCGUCACCAAACAUUGAACAAACGACAAAUAAAAAAAAUGUACAGCCUACUAAAAUACGGAAAAGAAAACUACCUGCAUCGAAAACAACUUGCGAUUCCGCUGAAAAUACUAACAUUGAUGAUAUAGUUCCUUCCACAUCAUCGAAACGGCCAAAAGACGUAGACAACAUCAAUACAAUAACAGAAGUUGUAAAAACUGAAGAACUGCACGAGAAGAGUGCAAAGUUUUCCAUAAAUAUAACUAAAUCACAAAGAGUUCAGGAAAUUAUACCUCAGAGAGAGAAGGAUAAACAAAGCAUGUUGCAAAACAAAUUAAAAGCUAUAGAAAUGUUUAGAAAAACUAAAAUAGAUCGUAAAACAAAAACAAGUAAACGUAAAUUACCAAAACCUAAAGAAGAUGCUGAGCUUUCUGAAAGCAGUGACAGCAAUUAAUUGUAAAAUACGAUGGAUUUCUUCUAAGAUAGUUAAAAGGAGAAGGUAUAAAGACCAAGAAAUUAUUAUUUUUAAAAUAGUCAUUUAAUUGUUUACUCAUACAUUCACAUAAAGAUCCUUAAUAAAAAGCAUGAAUACUUAAGGUGUAAGCUGAUAAAUAACAACCGUUAGAAAAAAUGAAAUAACAUAAACUUUAAGAUUUGUAUUAAAAUACACAUUAUAUGGCCUAAAAUAAUUAAUUGCAUGUUUAAGAAAUCUUUUAAACAAACCAUAUACAUAGACAAAUAAUACUAGAUUCACUUAAGAACACACACAUAAUUUUAUAAAAACAUGUUUUCCUAUCUUUAACAGUAAAUAAUAAGAAAAUAUAAUGGAAAAAUGCCCCAAAUUGUAUUGCUUUUCUUUAAACAAUGACUGAAACACAAUCAUACUAAAGAUCCCUAGUAAUAAGAACAUCCCAUGAACAUUUUAAAUCAUUCUGAACACUCCUGAAACAGUUCGAACCAUUCUGACAAUCAACAUUAGUAAUUCAAAGUGUUUAAUUUCGUUCAAUUAAGUACCAUUCUUUCAUGAUUUGAAAAUCAGAUUACUACUAUGGUUUAGCAUGUUGUGCAUUGUUAAGUGUCUUAUAACAACAAGAGCAAGUCCACCAUGUGAUAUAUUUACAAUACAAUAAUAAACCUAUGUAAUAUACUAAACUUAUAAAAGUACACACUUAAUGAAGUUAUUAUGACUAUCGAUUUUAUAAUUACAAACUGAUACUUACCAAUUCUUUCUCAGUUCAAUAUAAAACCUGCGUUGUGUACAAGUUCUGUACAGUGGAUAUGAUUAUUGCAAUGGCCGCAAAAAAAAUAUAUUAUCUAUUAACUGGGCUCAACUAUGGCUUGAACUAAAAUUGUAUCAUACCAGUACAAACAACUAUGAAACGACAAAGAAAGAGGACUAAACAAAUCUCUUUAAAAUAUUAAUUUAAAUAACACGAUAUUAAAUUAAAAAAUUAUAACACAAUGGCAGAUCACAAUUGUUACCAUUAUGUUUAAAUAGUCUUUUACUACACAACUUAAUCUACUUUAACGACACUAUAAAUUUUU